AUGGCACGAGCUGUAGAGGGUGGUACUGACGGUUCUCCUCGACGUAAAAAGCCAACCGCGCGAAAAAGUGCAGGUGGGCGGGCGCCAAGAAGAUCAACAAUUUCAGGACGCCGAUUGCCUGAGCAACCUGAAAGUGGUGCACAGAAAAGACGAUUUCGACCUGGGACGGUGGCAUUAAGGGAGAUACGAAAAUACCAGAGAAGCACCGAUCUGCUCAUUCAAAAGCUUCCGUUUUCCCGUUUGGUGAGAGAGGUCGCGUUAGAAAUGUCGACAGAUUAUUCUGAGGGCGCUCUAUUACGUUGGCAAAGCUCUGCGCUGCUUGCAUUACAAGAGGCUACUGAAGCAUAUCUGGUUCAUCUGUUUGAGGAUGCGAAUCUGUGUGCGAUCCAUGCAAAACGGGUCACAAUAAUGCAGCGUGACAUGCAGCUGGCCAGACGAAUCCGUGGGCCUUGGGGAGGAUUGGGAUAA